GGCGGGAGAUAAAGGCUGGACUAAGGGCACGGAGCUAAGCUAAACUGCUCUGGGCUGAGCAGCACCGUGGACAGCGCCCUGCCUGGGGCUCCUGCGCACUGACAAGCUCAACCUGACACACACUCCGCUGCACAAUGGCAGAGUCUCACCUGCAGUCGUCCCUCAUCUCAGCCUCACAGUUUUUCGAAAUCUGGCUUCACUUCGACGCUGAUGGAAGUGGGUACCUGGAAGGCAAGGAGCUGCAGAACCUGAUCCAGGAGUUGCAGCAGGCACGGAAGAAGGCUGGGCUGGAGUUAUCACCUGAGAUGAAAUCUUUUGUGGAUCAGUAUGCGCACAGAGAUGAUGGAAAAAUAGGAAUUGUAGAGUUGGCUCACGUGUUACCCACAGAAGAGAACUUCCUUCUUCUGUUCAGAUGCCAGCAGCUGAAGUCCUGUGAGGAGUUCAUGAAGACAUGGAGAAAGUAUGACACUGACCACAGUGGCUUCAUAGAAACAGAGGAGCUGAAGAACUUUCUGAAGGACCUGCUGGAAAAAGCAAACAAGACUGUUGAUGAUACAAAACUGGCUGAGUAUACAGACCUAAUGCUGAAAUUAUUUGAUACAAAUAAUGAUGGGAAGCUGGAAUUAACUGAGAUGGCCAGAUUACUACCAGUGCAGGAGAAUUUUCUCCUUAAAUUUCAGGGAGUCAAAAUGUGUGGGAAGGAGUUCAAUAAAGCUUUUGAGCUAUAUGAUCAGGAUGGCAACGGAUAUAUAGAUGAAAACGAACUGGAUGCUUUAUUGAGGGAUCUGUGUGAGAAGAACAAACAGGAUCUGGACAGUAACAAUAUCCCCACCUAUAAGAAGAGCAUCAUGGCCUUGUCGGAUGGAGGGAAGCUGUACCGGACUGACCUUGCCCUCAUUCUCUGUGCUGAGGACAACUAGGGUUGUGACCAAAGCCACUCAAUAGUGAUACACUGUGUCUAAAAAUAACUGUGCACUAUAAGGGAGUAGUCUGUAUUUCCUUUUAUAUAUGUAAAUUUAACUGCAUAUAGAUAACUUAUCAGGGUGUGUGGCACAAUCUUUUCUGCUUGUUUCUAUACUGUUUGAAAUGUACAGAUUUUGUAAACACACUGAAAAGGAAAUUGUCUAUGCAUAGGCCAGUCAAUACAAACAUUUAAAAAAUAAUCUGACGUAUUCUUGCUUUCAUACAUAGACCCGGAGAAGAUUUCCCUAAAAAUUCCACCAGGAUUAUUCUCUAAAAUUCUAGUCUGAUGUGUUCAUACAAAUUUUUCACUGAAGCAUUCUUAUUUCAGACAAUCAUAGGUCUAUGCCACAAAACAGUUCUAAGCUAUAUUUCCAAUUAUUAGGAGGAAGUGCUUUUGCAUCUAAAAUACUUUAAUAUCUAUCCAUAAUUAGUUAACUGUGGCUCUGUGACAACAAGACUUAGUUCAUCAACAACACAACUCCUGCUUGCACCCACACCCAUCUACUGGUACAAGGUGAUUUGGUGACAGGACAGUGCUAGACGAUGCAUAAAUAUGUCUCAUUCUGUGUCUACAUUUCCAAUAAGCCCAUUGUCAAAGAGUAUGGCCUCAAUCCAUUUUGAAACUGUUUUCAUGUGUUACAGAUGAUAAUUAUUCUAGUAAAAUCUGGUUUUGUCAUAU